UUCCAAGCGCCUCUUGAUAUUUUGAAGAAACUUGAGUCUUGACAAUAAUUAUUUCUAAACAUCUUUGUGUUUUUACUCUCAUCAAUUUAUUGAUCUAUAUUAUGUUUUCUUGAAUAUUAGUUAGGAUUGAUAUCUAUUUAAUCUUCUCUCUCAUACUCACUUUUAUGCAGAUUAAAUGGCUAGGAUCAGAAGAAGAAUCCAAAAGCGCCAUAUCCACGAAAACCGCUACAUCGAUUUCUUUGGAGAACGUUUGAUCGUCACGGUCACUCAUACUACCUCAACCAUCCGCCGUUGGAUUCAUAGCAUCCGUUUCUUCAGCCGUCUUCGCUCCUCACACCCUCUCGUUGUUGGACUCGACGUCCAAUGGACACCCGGUGGUUCCGAUCCUCCACCGGAUAUUCUCCAACUAUGUGUUGGUAACCGCUGUCUCAUCAUCCAGUUGUCUCACUGUAAACGCAUUCCUGAGGUCCUUCGAAGUUUCUUGGAAGAUGAGACAAUCACUUUUGUCGGCGUCUGGAACAGCCAAGACCAGGGCAAGCUCGAAAGAUUCCGCCAUCAGUUGGAGAUAUGGAGACUUCUAGACAUAAGGCACUAUCUGCCUACGAGGCUCCUCAAUAGUUCGUUUGAGAAGAUUGUAGAGGAGUGUUUGGGGUACAAGGGAGUGAGGAAAGAUAAGGAGAUAUGUAUGAGUAAUUGGGGUGCUCGUAGCCUUUCCCAUGAUCAGAUUGUUCAGGCGUCAGAUGAUGUCUAUGUUUGCUGCAAGCUCGGUGUUAAGGAAUGUAUCUGGAAAGAGCGCUCGAAUGUUAAAGAACGUAUCUGGAAAGAGAGCUCGAAUGUUAAGGAACAUAUCUGGAAAGAGAGCUCGAAACUUUAUUUUGUUGGGGUAUGUUUCUGAGGAAAGAGCUUUUCCUUGAAAAUAAUCAAUGUCUUUUCUUUUAGUUGUUUGGAAUUUUGAUAAUGAACGUUAUCUAGGUCAAAAUCUUUAAUCGCCAAUUCUCAUGUUGUGUUAAUAUUUUUUUUUUGAAUACAAAUACAAUGCAUGCGUUAUUGUCAGAGACUAUGAAAUAAAAAGACUUGUCUAUGUUAACA